AAAAAACCUUGAACAUAAAACAACAGGACAAAAAUAUAGUUGAUGACUAGACAUAAUCAUUUCAUGACUCCAGACACUUCUUUGUGAAGACAGUGACAUAAUACAGUGAAAUAAUAUGUUCUUUAGCCAUAUAAAAACAGGUGUAAUGUGCGCGGAUCAAAUGACCCGCAUGGCGGUUUUAGGUAUACAGCGACCCCUGGCGGGUCUAGUGUUAAAAGCACCCCUUUCUGAACAGACAUGAAAGAAACGGAAACGAUAAUUCUGUUUCUGACACACGAUGGUUCUGCGAGUCUCUGUCGUUCUUCUUUUCAUUUUUCUUACUGGAGGAUAUUCUCUCAAGUGUUACUCUUGUUCAUCUGCUUUGACGGGUUCCUGUAAAGCAACAGUGGAAACAUGUAAAGAUGGAUUUUCUGAAUGUGAAAGCAGUUUAUUUGAACAAUCAGCUGGUUCCACUAAGGUGUUCUUCACAACAAAAGGGUGUGCAAAUCAAUGUGAACCAGGGACCAAACAGUUAGCAAUUGGAGGGACAGUUUCAACCCGCUGCUGUGACACUGACCUUUGCAAUGCAGCAGAUGGAGUGUUUAAGGGAAGCUUCCUCCUGCUCUUCUCUCCUCUGCUCUUCUACUUCCUGUUUCAGUGAAUCCAGAUUCAAGACUUCAGAUUCUACAGUGAAGAUCAGCACAAAAACUGAAUAUGAGACACAACUGACUUAAUUUACUGAAUAAUGUUUGUUUGUUGCUCUUCUGUUCUUUGGUUUAAGGAACUGAAAGUAUGUAUUUUAUUAAAUGAAUAUUAAACAAAAUACUGCAUCAGCACUAACAGAUUAUGCAUAAAAUAAAAAUUAUUAUAGAAUGUAAUAAAGAAUUAAAGAAACUUUAAAAUGUAAUGUUUUAAAAAGAGUGAGAUAAACUGCUGUAAUAAAAUAUUUACUUACCUGU